AUGGAGGUGGAGGAGGAGGAAAGACGCUCUCCACACGAUCAUGUGGAUCGGUGUGUUCCCGACAGCUUCUUUGAUCGCGUAACGCAAGGGUUACGCGACGAUCUCGAGCAUGAGCGGAAUAGGCGUCUCCAGAUGGUGGACACUGCCUCGAAGCAUCGAGCUGAGUUUGCCUUUGCUCAGCUUGAGAACGAGAGAUCUCUGACAUCUCUUCGUGACGAGCUAAGGGUAGCUCGUGGGAUUGUUGAUCGGUCUCGGGCUGAGAUAACUGCUCUUCAGACCCUUGUUGAUGCCCACCAUCGGGAGCACAAGGCUCUCUGCGAGAUGCUUGAGCGCAAGGGCGUUCUUCAUCGGAAGAAGCAGCGUACUGAUGGUACGGCUUAA